ACGGCACGAUUAUUAAUUUUUCAAACAGCGCGCACGUGCUUUAGCUGCAUGCAUUGUACGCGCACGUACAGCGUGCGCAAGCGUAAGAAAAAUAAGUGAAGAGUCAACGUGCAUUGUGCGUUUAUGUGUGGGACUACACUGAAAAUUCCACAAAUUUCGCAUAAAUUGAGUCAAAGAUGGCGUGUAUAUUAUCAAAUAGAUAGUGGUUGAAAUUGUUUUUUUAACUAUAUUGAAGCACCUACGCUCUUCUGCCACUGAUUCUGCUGAGUCUCUGCGAAUUGUGUGACUACGUAAAACAUACGUUACGGACAUCAACUUUCAAAGUCAGUAUUUUCUACACGAGUCGACACUGCACUGGCCUAGUGCACAAAGUGCAUGUGCAUGCAAUUUCAAUUGAAUUACAGACGAAGAGUCGAAGCUCAGCUGGAAAAGGACACAAUAAUGCCUGUUAUUGAAAAUGUGGAGGACUUGAUGACAUGGCUGUCCAAAAAGUUGGAACCAAUCUGUGAUGCGGACCCUAAUGCCUUAGCCAAGUAUGUAGUGGCGUUGGCGAAGAAGGAUAAAAGCGCAGAUGAGCUGAGGGCUACAUGCAUUGAUCAGCUUGGUGUCUUUCUUGUAAAUGAAACCCAGUCCUUCGUAGAUGACCUUUUUGUCGCUCUUGCCACAAAGUCUUACAUUCCAGGGGGAAGUGCCAAUAUUACAGCAGUAGAGGGCGGCAAACAAGAUCCACCAUUACAGCCUGCGGCAGCGGCUCCUGGUGGUGGCGACUUACCGACCAGUGCUGUUGUUGUUGAAACGUCAACCAAAGAAGAGGUUCGGUCAAGGAGCUCCAAUAGAGAUGUGACUGUAGAGAAUGAUGAGAGGGAUCAUCGGCGGAGCAGCAGGAGACACUCCAGGUCACAUUCAAGGAGCAAGUCCAGGAGCCACUCACCCAAGAACAGGAGUAGGAGCAGAAGUUACAGCCCAAGGAGAAGGAGAAGAGAUGAUGACCGAAGGAGGAGAGAUGAUCGGUUGGAUCGCUACGGCCCUCGCCGGUAUGGAGACAGGGAUAGAGAUAGGGAUAGGGAGCGUAACAGGGAUAGAGAUUUCAGAGAUCGAGACAGAGACCGGGAAAGAGAUCGUAUGAGAGGGCGCGAUGGAAGAGACUCCGGCAGGUAUGAUGAUCGCGGAAGAAAUCGUGACAGGGACCUAGAUCGAGACCGCGAUGAUCGGUUGAAAGAAAAUAGCGCUAAACCAUCUGCAAUCAGCAGCGUCAUCACUGUAGUGUCCAACGAUGGACCUGAACCUGUGCAGGGUUCAUCCAAGCAGGGAGAACAACCUGUUCAGAGGAUACGACAGAGAUGUAGAGAUUAUGAUGAAAAGGGUUUUUGCAUGAAAGGAGAAUUUUGUCCAUACGAUCAUGGCAACGACCCUGUAGUCGUGGAGGAUAUAGACAUGUUCAGACCGCCUCCAAACAUGGAUGCCCGACCACCAGUGCCUUCAAUACCCCCUGCCCCACAACCUCCUCUACCCCCGUUACCCCCUUCUCAGCCCCCUCCACCCCUUCUACCCCCCUUCAACAUGCCCCCGCCUGGGUUUCCACCCACUACUGGGAUACCCUUGCCCCCCCCACCAAGAGGUGUGCCUCUUCUUCCCCCUGGAAGGAUGCAUGGACCACUGAGGCCCAACGGACCGCCCCCUGGACCCCCUCCAGGGUUGCCCCCACACAUGAGGAUACCACCACCCCCGACUGGAGGACCACCUCUUCCCCCGAUGCCUCUUCAGAUGAACAGACCCCCUCCUCCUCUACCUCCUGCACCAGAUGCUACUAUACCACCACCAGUGCCUCAACCUCCAUCUUCACCUCCUAGGGAAUGCAGUCCCCCUCCACCACCAUCAGAAACUAAGAAUUAUGCAUCUUCUCAAGAUUUCCAGAUGGAAGGGUACAACCCCGAAGACCCUAGCAUGGAGGCUCAGGUAGAUUACUUUGGGGGCAACCGAGCACCAAGGCAGGCCUCAUCAAACCUAAGAACCUUAGUAGGCAUCCAAACGGUCCCUACAACCACGAGGGAAGAAUUGGAAGAGAUAGGCGCCCUGACGAACAAGGAUUCCUCUGAUGAAGGCCAAAGUGAAAGGAAGGUUAUCGAUCUCACCAUGGGCCAAAAAGAUGAUGGUGUCCAAGAGGAGCAGAGACGAGCUGUGGUGAAGAGUGAUGACAGCGCCAUGGGUUAUCCACUGAAGAGGCCUUUCAACCAGAGUACUGGCGGACCUGGCACCGGUUUUGGUGGUGCAGUUGAUCUCAGGGCAAGGAUUGGAGGGAAGGGGAAGGGAAGAUUUGUGCCAAACAACAGGAUCCUGGAGGUGCGCAAGAUACCCAAGGACUGCAACAAUAUCACCAAGCUCAACGAGCACUUCAGCAAGUUUGGCAAUAUUGUUAAUCUACAGAUUGCAUAUGCUCAGGAUUUAGAAGCAGCGUUGGUCACCUUCUCAACUCAUUUAGAGGCCAAGAAAGCUUACCAGUCCACAGAGGCAGUCUUCAACAAUCGCUUUGUCAAGGUCUUUUGGCAUAUCCCUCCCGAGAACACAACAGGAGAGAAUGAGCCAAAUCAACAUACCAGAAAACCUGCCAAGCACCGAAUACAAUUACCUACCAAAAAGCAGCUGACUGUUGUUAGGAAUCAUCCUGCUCCAUCAGAUAAAGUGGUCGUCCAACCCAGCAACUCCACCUUGACCAAGACGAUCAUAAACACCAAGGCGGUGGCCAUCAACCAAAGACUGGUCACUGUCCAGAACAACCUGGCCAACGCCAAGAAGGCCGCAGCGGCCCACACUUCGGCCUCGGUGGCCAGGAAGCUUGCCGCAGCCCAGGAGGCAGUGAGGAAGAAGCAGGAGGAGGCUAAGAAGCUUGUAGCCAAGAAGCAGAUGGAGAUCCAGAAACAGAAGCAAGAGCUGAUGAAUGGGUUCAUCCAGCAGCAAAAGAUCCUGAUUGCAAAGUUAGAGCAGGGGAAGUCGACCAUAACAACCUUGAAAAGAGCUGAAAUCAUGAAGUCAAUUAAGAUGUUAUCUGAGAAUAUAGAGAAGACCAAGAAAGAACUUAUGGAUGCAAAGCCAAAACCAAAGGAUAAGAAACAGGCUGAGAGGGAGCUUCUAGACACUGAGUUGGACCUCUACAAUCAACAAUCAGAGGGAGGGGAUACCUCAGAGCUAAGAAAGAGAGUCGAUGAGCUGAGAAGAGAGGCCCAAGCCCUAGGUCUCUUAGACAACGCUGGUGGAAGCAGGGGGCGUGGCAACCCAAGGUCAGUCCGAGGUCGUGGACGGGGUCGUGGAAGUGCCUUCGUCGCAGCCAGGAGACGGAGCUCCACUACACACAAAGUGGUGGACAAGAGACCAAGAGGUCUCGUAGUUGGGGGUUUUGCACCUGAGGAUAAAGACGAAGUACUGGUCCACUUUACUAGUUUUGGCGAGAUUGACAACGUAGAAUACAAUGAAGAUUCCAGAACAUAUGUUUUAGAAUUCAAAACGCGGCAAGAAGCUGAGCUGGCUGUAGCUAAAGGUUAUCAGUUCAAGGGGGAUUCAUUGAGUCUAGCCUGGCACAAACAGCAAGAUCCCACAUCAGAGAUGGUAGAGGACACUGUGGAUCCAGGAGAAGAACUUGAAGAUGAAGAGGAGGAGGAGAUGGAAGACGAGCUUGAGGACGAUCUGCUCCUGGUCGAUGACGAGGAGGAAGAGGAUGAUGAGGAAGGACGAUCAUGGAAGCGAUGACGAUUAAAGGAGAUUCAAUGCUUAUUCUGAGUGCAAAAUAUUGAACACUACAUAAUGAAGCCGAUGCCUUGCUUAAAAAGGGCAUGUAGCCAUUAUUGACAUUAUUGGAUCUAAUAAGGGCCUUGUGACACAAAACAAUUGAUUGUAGGAUCGAUUUUUACAAUUGAUUUCAUUCAUAGUUGUGUGUAAUCAGUCAUAGAAUUAGUUGUUUGAUACUUGAACCUUGAACCAUUGUUUAUCAAUAUCCAAAGAAGACUGAUGGUGUUUUUAUAUUAAAUGUCUCACAAGUUUGUUUAGUAUGGCAGAUUUGAAUAUUGCUUUCCAAGACAACUUUGACUGGUUAAAUGCUGUUUGCUUGCUCUGAAUGGCUCAGGCAUUGACGAUUCUCUAAAAUGGCACAUAUUUCUUUCAAAUAUGAGUCAUCUUCUUGGACAUUCAAUAGUUGAACCGUUCAACAGAAACGCCUGUGUAUAGAGAUAUCACCAUUGCUGGUGUCGAAUACAGUUCUCAAUUAUAGAAGUGGGAUGACCAGUCUUGUCUAAGGAUUUUAUCUUUUGUACAAAAGAGAAUAGAAAUUUUAAUUACAUGUACAUCGAGAUCGCUCUCAGAUAACUCUUCUUUGGAUAUUAGAUGAUCUUUAGAAUGGCAUCAUGGGUUGAACAUUACAAUGUUUCUGCAACUGCAAAAGGUAAUAUACAUGAAUGUCCUUCAGGGUUGUCCCUUAUCACCAGGCUCUUUUUGGUGGUUGAAAAUUAUUCGUGUGACAAUUUGCUAAAGAGCUACAGGAAGAUCGAAACAAAAAAUUGUUUUUCAUGGCUUGAACAUUAAGAAUAUCUUUUGUUAUACUUUUCUUUGCUAGUGGGAAAACUAGUGCUUGUCAUAAAUUUUGAUGGGGGGGGGGGUUCCAACGGAUGUCGACCACUGUAAUGGUAACACUGGUGUCCUUCAUAGCAAGGGUGUUGAAACCCUCAUAUCUCAACAUUUUGAUAUUUAUAGGACAGCUCAAAAUAAGCUGUAAAUUUUGAAAUGUGGAAAUAGGAGCAACAUCAUUAUUGUUUGGAAACAGUCUCCUAAUUCCUGAACAUUAUAGCAGAUUUUUGUUUUUGUUUUUUGGAAAGGUGGUCAAAAUGACCCCAUUACCUAUGAAAAACUACUAAUGGUCAAAAUUGACCCUUUACCCAUUUACCCAUGAGAAACUAUACAGGUAAUCUGUGUAUUAAAGCUAUGGGACUUUGGAUGUUCCCUAUGUGGUCCAUGGUUGUUACAUUCUACAUUGAAUGUCUAAUUGUCACAGGUUUGCUAGGUCCAUAUUAGAUCCAUUGAAGUCAAUUGUCUUACCUUUUCUAUCAAAUAAAUAAUACAUUGGUACUGAUAUCAGGAUUUUGAAAUGUAUUUCUUGAUAUGAUUGUGUAAUAGGAUUUUUGUAGCAAAAUAAUUUGCAUUUCUACUUUAUGAUAUCAUCUGUUUCACUGAUGUACAGGACAAAUUUUCAAAGCCUUAAACAUUCAAAACAAUAGAUACAACUGUCUGAAAUCUACCUAUGAUCUGCCUAUUGCACUUUAUGAAUUGGGUAAAAAAGAACAUAACUUAUUCAUAGGCAAAAAUGCAAUAUAUUCAGCCUAUGACGAAUUGAUGGAAUUGUGAAAUUAUGAAUCAUGGAUUUGGCAGUGGUUUAGACUGUGUCCACUUUGUAUGACUGAGCAAAUGAAAUACUGAUGUCAGAAAAAUACACUUACUGAAGUCAUUUAAAAUGUCGCUAAACUGGAUUUGUCUUUGGAAUUCUGAAUCGAGUCAUGGCAUAAACCACAUGUUCUUAUAUAUAAGAGAUUGACUUGUAUUUUAGGGUCAUGUGUCUCAUGCCACUUUUAAACAAACAUAUCUUUUUUAAACACCCCCAUCCCCCCCGAAAAACUUCCACUCCUUGGUUCGUCAUUUUGAAAACCAUUCAUGGUUUUGUCGCAUCUUAUUUAAAACAAAAGGCUAUAAGUGAUCACUUCCUGCACAUUUGGAAUCUUGCAUAGCAAUUUAUAUCAUCUUAACUAUUUUCUAAGUAAUAUUUUACACAAUAGCCCGUAAGCUACAGUAAGCUUAUUCUCUUCAAUUUGUUUUGUGGUGCAUUCUUUUCAAUUUCUUGACAAUGAAAUAUUUUCUUUGAAAAUACUAAGAAAUGGUUGUUUUCUUUUGAUAUUUGUUUUCUCCAUAUGAUGGGAUGAUUUUUUGUUUGCAUGUCAUUUUUCAAUUAUACAUGUAGUGUAUUUUUAUUAAAAAGCAUUUCAAUAUAGAUUGUCAAUUACAAAUCUUACCAAGGAAGACCAGUGCAGUAUCAUAUAUUGAUAUUAAUAUGAAUAAUAGACAAGAAAUGAGCAUUGUUGGGAAGAUGAUAUUUAAGAUAUGAAAUAGCACUUGAAGUCUCUGAGUUUUACCUGUCUUGACUUGUAGUACUUACAUACAAAUGUUGCUCUAAAAAAAGUAACUUCAAGACAUGUUCAUUCUUUACAAUCCUCUUAAAAUCUUUCCUUUGAAUUGAUCACAUUUGAAAUUUUGAAUGAUUGUCCAAGAAUUUGAUAAUGUAUAUUUCUUAACUAAACAUAUGUUCAGAAAUGACUUUAGGUUGGAUACUUUUGCUCAUAUUUUUAAUUGAUGGUAUGUUUUAAUGAUGCUAGGAUUUUAAUGGAUCCAUGGAAAAAAGAAAUCUUUGGAUAUAUAUAUGCAAAUUGAAUUAGGCAUAUGGAUCUAGGCUAAAGUCAUUUCUCAUGCACUAUUUUUACUACUGCAUGUACUUGUAGUUAAACAUGAUAUACCUGUACCAA